AUGCCACCAUGUGAAGAGUUCCCGACUAAAGGAUUGGAGGGUGCACCAAGUAAUGAUAUAGGUUGGCACUUUGGAACUCCAGUGCCAAAUACGAAAGGAAAUAUCGUAUGUAAACUUUGUGGUAAAGUUGUGAAAGGAGGAAUAACGCGAUUUAAAGAGCACAUUGCUCAUAAAACUGGUAAUGUUGCAACAUGCCCUAAUGUUACUGGUGUCAUUAGAGAAAGUAUGAUGAAUAUAUUAAAAGAAAGCAAGACAAAGAAAAUAGACAAAAAGAGGAGAAAAGAUGAAUUCUUAUCUCAAUUAAGAGAAGAUGAGGAUGAACACGAGGAAUUCAUUGAUGAGGUUUCUGCUAUAAGGCAAGCAACUCAAGAAAGUAUCCAAUCACAACACGAGUGGCAUAGAAGGGAAGAAUUCAGACGAAGUACUGGUGGUUGGAAUAACAUUUAUGAAGAAAGGCGAUCUUCUCAUGGAUCAGCUAGAGAAUAUCAUAGAGAAAGAACAAGUAAAUCCAUCCCAAGUGAGUCUGAGUUUACCUUAGAGGAAGCUAUACCUGAAUUGGCCAGAACAAGCUCUCCAUGGUUGUAUAACUUAAUUCAAGUGUCAACAGAAGUUGGACAAGGUGUAAAGCUCCCAACACCUUAUGAGAUUUCAGAUGUGUAUUUAGAGUCAGAGUAUCAACGAGUUCGUGAUUGGGUAAAUGGACUAAAGACUCAUUGGAAAGAAUUGGGUGCAACUCUAAUGUGUGAUGAUGCCUCAAGUGUUCGUAGUAGAGAUGCUGAAUUCUACUACAGUUUGCUAGAUUUAGUUGUAGAAGAAAUUGGAGAAAGUUACAUUGUCCAAAUAGUGACUAAUAAUGAGGCAGCAAUGAAAGCUGCUGGAAAAAAAUUAAUGUUGAAAAGAAAACAUCUAUAUUGGACCUCAUGUGCAGCUCACUAUUUAGAUUUAUGCCUUGAAGAUAUUGGGAAGAAGCCCAGUGUAGCAAAAGUGUUAGAUGAGGCAAAGAAAGUGACUUGCUUUAUAUACAAUCACAUUUGGACUGUUGAUUUGAUGAAGAAGUAUACACAAGGGAAACAAAUACUUCGACCCGCUCUUACUCGAUUUGCAACUCAUUUCAUUCAACUUGAAGAGAUAACAAGACAAAAGCAAGGUCUAAGAGAAAUGUUUAAUUCAAAGGAAUUUAAAGAAUCAAAAUGGGGACAGCAAAAGUCAAGGCCUGCUUAUGAAGCCAAAAAAAUUUGGAAAAAAACCAACGACCUCAUAAAAGUUUACGAGCCCCUAGUAAAAGUAUUGAGACUUGUGGAUAGUGAUGAAAAACCAACAAUGGGUUUUAUCUAUGAGGCUGUUGAUAGAGCUAAACGAGCAAUUCAACAAGAUUGUCGAUAUUUCACCGAGUAUGAAAAGAUUAUUGACAAUAGAUGGAAUUUUAUGCAUUCCGACUUGCAUUCAGCUGGUUAUUUUCUCAAUCCUCAAUUUCAAUUUGGGGUGGAGCAUUCUGAGAAUGUACUAAUAGAAACAUUAGAAGGUACACGAUCAGUAAUUGAAAGAUUAGAACCUUCUCUUGAUACUCAAGUCAGAAUGGUUAAUCAGUUGUUACUAUUUAGAGAUAAACAUGAGACAUUCGGUACUCCACAAGCACAAAGAGCUUAG